UGGACCUGGGCCCUGAGGAGCAACAUGUUGACCAUUGAGAACGGGCUUUAUACCAGAAUUGAAAAUGAAAAACUUGACAAGGUUAAGCUCAGUUAUCUUUACAAGGAAAUAAACAAAACCUAUGAAGAAGUCAAAAAAGCAAUGACAAAAUACUUUGAUGAUGACAGAGACAAAGAAAUGUUGGUUCAGUGGCGAGGAAAAUUUGAAAACAAAAUGAAGGAGUUUCAUGAUGACCAAGUGAGAGGUGUGAAAAGAAAACUGGAUGAAGUCAUCGAGCAGAAGAAUGCCUGUAAAAAGUUAGAUGAUCAGAAGCCAGAGUUUGAGAACAAACUGCUACAAAAGAGCAAAGAGCUUGCUCAUCAGUUAAAGGACAAGGCAAAAGAUGAAGAGGAACUUCAAAAACAAUUCAACUCUGUUUGGAGCGGUUGGGUUAGUGAACUGACUGCAGGUACAAAACCGAUAAAGGACAUCAACUAUGAGGUAGAUCAGCAAACUAUCCUUCACGAGCUUGGUUUUGAAUGGGCUCUUAUAGCUGAAUGUAAAAGCAGUGGCAAAUACAGAAAAAUAUCAGAGGUUGGUGAUUACAUUGAUUAUGUAUCCCUCACCAAGGAGCGAGAUCUGUGUAACACAGGACAAAAAUCACAACAUGAUAAGAGGGAAAACACGGACACUGAAGGACAUGGAAGAUUUUCAGUGACAACAAUGUUGGAAUAUGUUAAAAAAAAAGUAGGAUUUGGGUCAACACAACAAAAUAAAGAACAUGGGCCUAAUUCAGGGAGUACUUUAUCAGCUCAAGAACAGCAGGUGAUCAGAUCUUUCAUUGACGAAAUUGAAAAACGGUCUUUUGAUACAAUUAAGAGCAAACCUAUAGCUGCAACAGGCUAUAAUCUGACUUACUUGCAAGAAGUGGCGUACAGUGUCAAAGACAACGUGACAGAGUUUGAAUCUAAGUCGAAAUUUGCUAUGAAGAAGGCGUUUUCAGUUGAUCUUUUACUGUAUGUGUUUGAGAGAGCAGGGAGAUGGAUUUUGGAUUCCCAGAAGAAAUUCAAAAAGAACAAUGAUGCUGUCACUUACUUGGAAAGCAAAAACAUGCAAUAUUUCAACAUUUUCAGGAGUUUCUGCAGAGGAAGCUCAUCUGCUGUUGUUUUUGGAGAAGUGAUCUGCCACAUACUGAAAAGAUCCAUUGUUCAGGCCGUCUGUAACAAAACUGCCAUUGAUCUUGCUGGGGAGAUGAAGUGCAGUUUCCCAGCAUUCAGUGGAAACAGGUUGAACUUGGAGAAACACUUGUUAAAAUCACUGGCUGAGAAAGAGGACUUUGAUGGUUUCAUCACCUACAUCUGCCACCCAAGGAACCAAGCAGAGGCAUUUAUAAGAGAGGAAGUUCAGAAAUACAUUUUCAGAGACAACAAAAAUAAAGCACGGAAUAUACUCAAGAAAAACGUUGAGCAGAUCAAUACGCAUGUGAAUAGAGCUUUAUUUGCUGCAACAGAGAAAGUCAAAACUCAAAGAGGACACACAGACAUGUGGGUGGAGGAAUUUUCCACUUUGCUAAAAGAUGAGCUAACAUUUGAAACCAUCUGUUGUCAAAAUUUCAGUGACAUAAACAGUUUUGACUUUCUUAAAGAAGAGAUUGAGAAGGGCCUUGUAUCUGUCAUGAAGGAAGUGAGCAGCAUCUCACUGGAUAAGAUGGAGGAAUUCAGGAUGAAGCCUGAUCAAAUCCUCAUUGAUCAGCUG